UAAUUAGUAUACAUUUUUGUUUAUUAUUUAUCCCAGAAGUCUCUUAAAUUUCCCGACAAUACAAAGAAAUCUUUUUCGAGUUUUCUUAUCUCUAAUAAUUUCAUCAUACAUACUCCUGGUCCUGGCUCUUCUUUCCCUCUUUGAUUAGGUUCAGGAAUCUCAAUCAUCAGCUCAAUGGCUUCCUUUGAAAUGAACGACCGAAAGAAAAUUGGGCUAGGAUUAACCGGAUUUGGCAUAUUUUUUUCAUUUCUCGGAAUUAUCUUCUUGUUCGACAAGGGAUUUCUUGCCAUGGGAAAUAUCCUUUUCAUAUCAGGAGUGGCCUUGACUAUUGGUCUGAAGUCUACCAUGCAAUUUUUCAUGAAACGUCAAAAUUUUAAGGGAACAAUUUCGUUUGGUGUUGGCUUCUUUUUUGUUGUCAUUGGAUGGCCUAUCAUUGGCAUGGUAUUGGAGGCAUAUGGGUUUAUUGUGCUCUUUAGUGGUUUUUGGCCAACACUGGCAGUGUUUUUGCAGAGGAUACCUAUUGUUGGUUGGUUGUUCCAGCAACCAUAUAUUAGAUCGUUGUUCGACCGAUACCGGGGCAGGCGGGUGCCAGUAUAACCUCAUAUGUAUCAGAACUUAACACACUCAUGGUUAAGAAUAGAUGGUUGUUAAAUGACUUAAAUCUUACUAACUAGGAUCCCAAAUAAGACACCAACUUGUACAAGUCAUAGGAUUAUCUGAUUUUUUUUUUCUUUUCCUUCUUUUAAACCUAAGUUCCCUUUCUUUACCAUAUCUUGCCUCUGUUGUGCAAAGCUCUUUUAUUCAAUUUGGGCAUUUUCUUCCA